CACUGCCCGUGGGAGGGAUUGCAAUUGCAGUAACAUCAAGUUUUGUCAAUGGCUCGACAUUUGUGCUUCAGAAAAAGGGGAUGUUACGCUCCCGUGACAGAGGAGGUUCAUAUCUCCGAGAUAUCGUGUGGUGGAGCGGAACGGCCGCAAGUGAGUCGAACUAGACACAGAAACACUUUGCCCCGAUAUAUUUCUGUCAGAAGGCAUUAAGAAGCCGGUAAUGUUCAGCGAUUAGUUUAAACACCUGUGGAUUCAAACACAAGUACCCGAAAGGAUCCCGAACUUGGUGCCAGGUGACUAGGGAGGAUGACGCAGAUGAGUUGAAGAGCCAUGAAAGGAGGAUGAUUUGGUGAUCCUGAUGUGGAAUUCAAAGAAGACUGUACCAGUGAUUGUUGGUCAAAUUGGGAACUUCCUGGCUUACAACAUGGCUCCAGCUGUGAUUGUGACUCCACUGGGAGCCCUGGGAGUUCUCUUUGGAGCUGUGCUGGCUUCUUGGAUUCUGGAGGAGCGAUUGAACAUCCUGGGACAGCUUGGUUGCAUCUUAUGUUGCUGUGGUUCAGUCGUUCUUAUUAUACAUUCUCCAAAGUCUGAAACCGUCACAUCCAGACUAGAGCUGGAGCAGCAGCUGUUGGACCCAGUGUGCGUCAUCUUCGCCCUCCUGGUGGUCGUGACACUGAUAGCCUUGAUUGUUUGGAUCGCUCCAGCACAUGGCUCCACAAACAUCAUGGUGUAUGUCUCCAUAUGUUCGCUGCUGGGGAGCUUCACUGUACCGAGCAGCAAGGGACUUGGUUUGGCUGCGCAAGAUGUCUUCAGCGAAGACGGCCACUUCAACAAACAAGCACUGACUCUCUUCCUUUUCUUGUUGUCAACAUUGGCCGUCAGCAUCCUGAUACAGUUCUACUUCAUCAACCAAGCUCUGGAGGUGUUCAGCUCAAACGUGUUUGAAGCUAUUUAUUAUGUGACGUUUACAUCCACUGUGAUCCUCUCCUCUGCUCUUCUAUUUAAGGAAUGGACCUGUCUAACUAUAGCCGACUGUUUUGCCAUGAUGUGUGCUCUAUCUACUGUGUGCGUUGGGGUUGUUUUGCUCCGCUUAUCACAGGAGACAUCACUCACCUGGAAGCAGAGUCAAAAAAAGAGUGAUUAAGGUUAUUUUCUUUGUUCAAGACUGGCCUCGGGAGCAAAUCCAUUUAAACUCUAAGAGGUACAAACCACUGCACACAGCUGGAUUACCAGGACCAACAGAGGUGAUGUGUUCUAGUAAUGGAGGGCAAAAGAAAAAACAUUGUUGUGAUCAUUCUGGAAAACACAUAAUUCAUUUGAUUUUUGUUUCAUAGUUUCCACUUUCUUUCGUAUUUGUUUUGCCAAGUAAUUUCAUUUUUGUAUUUAUUAAUUGCAUAACAUAAGUGUGAUUUAAUUUAUAAAAUGUGGCCAUACGCGUGUUUAGCAGUGAAUGAAAAUGGAUUAAAUAUAACUAUAUUUUUUCCGGUUCAUUUAUUGUUUAAAAAAAUUCAGCCAGAAAAUGCAAACGGAAUGGGCUUCUAUUUUAUAAUGUUGGGUGGGCUUCAAUCAUUUUAUAUGGGAAAUGGUAUGUUAAUUCAACAUCUAUAGUAUGAAAUCAUGGACUCAAUACCACUGUUUUAAUAAUAGAAUAAUGGAAUGGGUUUUUUU